GCGGCAGCUUCCGCCGCGUUGUGUCUGUGGUUCCCGCGCGGUGCCUUGUGGGUGCUUGGCGGAAUUAUGGUGGUGGCGUAGGGGCCUGAUUGCGCAGGGGGGGAGGAGGCCGCGGUGCUAAUGAACCCUGCUUGGCCGGUCCUGCCUUCGUGUAGCACUAAAGAGCGUUCUCUAAGGCUGUAUUUCUGAAACUUAAGAGUAGUUAAAAUGACGACAGCAGCGAGGCCAACAUUUGAACCUGCAAGAGGAGGAAGAGGAAAAGGUGAAGGAGACUUAAGUCAGCUAUCCAAACAAUAUUCCAGCAGAGACCUUCCUUCUCAUACUAAAAUCAAAUACAGACAGACCACUCAGGAUGCUCCUGAAGAGGUGCGUAACCGUGAUUUCAGAAGGGAGCUGGAGGAGAGAGAACGGGUUGCUGCAAGAGAAAAGAAUAGAGACAGACCAACCAGAGAACACACAACAUCAUCUUCUGUGUCUAAGAAGCCUCGGCUAGACCAGAUUCCUGCAGCAAAUCUUGAUGCAGAUGAUCCGCUUACUGAUGAAGAUGAUGAAGAUGAGGACUUGGACGACAGUGAUGAUGAUGACACUGCAGCUCUUCUGGCUGAACUGGAAAAAAUCAAGAAAGAACGAGCUGAGGAACAGGCUCGAAAGGAACAAGAGCAAAAGGCUGAAGAAGAAAGAAUUCGGAUGGAGAACAUUCUGAGUGGUAACCCACUGCUGAACCUUACCGGCCCAGCACAGCCUCAAGCAAACUUCAAAGUGAAGAGGAGAUGGGAUGAUGAUGUUGUCUUCAAGAAUUGUGCCAAGGGGAUAGAUGAAACAAAAAAAGACAAAAGAUUUGUGAAUGAUACUCUGCGAUCAGAAUUUCACAAAAAGUUCAUGGAAAAAUAUAUCAAGUAGUACAGUUUUAUGUGCGGUGGUGCUGAAGGACUUGGAAGGUCAUGGUUGUUCCCUCCCUCUCCCUCAGAAUUCAAGGCUGAAUACUUGGUCAUGAAUUACCAAAUGCUUUUCCAAGACAAUCAACAGCUUCAUAAUUAGUAAUUGCUAUGUAUCUGGAGUUUUUAUUCCUGCAGUAUGUUUUCCUUUUCGGUUUUAAUUAAAUCAGUUUGUUUCAUGAA